CAUCAUAGCUACUCCUACUAGUCAGAGAACAAGGGGAAGAAGAAAAAAAAUGAAAAAUGCGGUGCCUUUAAAUAUUUGUUGGAAUUUGAACGAUGAUUGAAGGCUCGGCACAUUGGAACAACUGAGACGGAAUAUGCUUUCAUCACCAUAACUGCUAUUCCCUCUUCCUUUGGCGGUUCCACAGAGCUUGGUCUUCCAUUGAAUUUGAUGCUCUUUCUUGUUUGUUUCUUGAUUUCGAGCUGUUUGUGGGGGAUUCUGAUUAAAAAAAAAGGGACCCCAGAGAGGGAUUUUGUUCUUUUUCUGAUGCAUGCAAUAACUGAUUUGGAGCUAAAACUGUGGUAGAUUAUUAAAUUUUGGGUUUUGAUCAAUUGGGUUGUUAUAUUGUAAUGCAAUCUUGGUAAAUUGGUCAUCUGGGUUGUCUCAGAAUUCAAUAUUUGGAUUAAAAGUUGGUUGCUUUGAAGGUUUUUCCUGAGGAAAUCGACCGGGUGUGUGUAAAUUAUGAUUGAGUUUUGAGAUUUUGGUGUCCUGAGAAAUUUGAUAGGGGGAGGAAUAGGAUGUAUGCGGUUGGGAGGCUAGGGAGUUAUAUAUCCCGAGGCGUUGUACACGCCUCCGGCCCGUUCCACCCGUUUGGUGGAGCUGUGGAUAUAAUUGUAGUUGAACAACAAGAUGGGAGCUUCAAAUCGUCGGCGUGGAAUGUGAAAUUUGGUAAGUUUCAAGGGGUUUUGAAGACAAAGGAGAAGGUGGUAAACAUUAAUGUCAAUGGGGAGGAUGCUAGUUUCCAUAUGUAUUUGGAUCAUAAAGGAGAAGCUUAUUUUCUUAGGGAGGUUGAUGCAGAGGAAGGGGAAGCUGUGUUGUAUCCUUCGUCUUCGAGUGAUGAGACGGAUGAGCAAUGUCGAGAAAACGGGCAGCCAUUGAAGUCCAUGAGUUGCAAUUAUGAUGCUGAGAAUUUGACACCAGUUGGUCAGAUUGAAACGCCUAAUGGGAAGAUUUUGUCCAGGACUAAUUCCCGGAGGUCAAGAAUUUUAGGGUUAUUUGGGAGCAGGUCGAUGAAGGAGCGCAAGAGUAAGGAGGAAGAGGGGGUUGAUAGCGGGGUGAGUAGGGUGGAUUCGUUGGAGGGGGUGGAGUUUGCAGCAAACCUUUUGGAAGUGAAUUGGUCCACUAGUCUUGCCAUUAAGAAACCCGGGAAGGACAAUGCUUCCCCUUUUUUGUCUCCUAAUAUGUUGGUUAAUGAAGAUAUGCAGAUUGAUGCCGAGCAAAGCCAGUUGAGCUUGUCUCUGCCUGUGUCUAGAGUAUCUAGCGACGUUGAUGAAUCUAUUAUUGCGGCAACUGAACAUGAUGGGAAUGCAAUGGCUGUCAUAUCCAAUGCCACAGGUUCUGAUCCGGAAAUUCAAAGUUUGGUUGAGCUAGAAGCUUGCCCUGGCAAGCAUUUGGAUGAGAAAGAUGUUGUAUUACCUGGCUGUGGCAUUUCUCAUACAGCCGGUGGGAUAGAUCGAGUCCAACCCUUUAUUUAUUGUGAAACAUUGUACAUUGCCAGAGAAGGAAGUGAGCAAGUUCAUGCUGAAACAGUGCAUGCCAGAACUGAGCUGCUGUCUAAGACUGAGGUAUUUAGUGUUCUUCAUCAGGAUUCAGUUACUGAGCAACAUGCUGAUGAUACUUCCGUAGAGGUACAAUCAGUGGAGGCUCCUGAAAUUUGUUUACAAGAGACAGAUACACAUUCAUGCACAGACCGUAAUGCGAGCCGUGAAGGGCCAGCAAUAGUUCAACCAUGCAAUAGUCAAACAGUCCAGCAAAAUUCAUUACCUGAUUCGGUUCAAAAAGUUGAGUCACAGAGCAUGUCUAGUUUAAACACCUAUCGUGAUCAAGUUCAAGAGGAGGAAAACAUAGAAGAGGAAGAUGUCGCAUCAAGUGAUUUACAAACCCCUUGUAAGUCCGUUAAUGGCCAUGUUGUGACAGAAGCAGCAAGUGUGUUGCCAGUGAGACUAGAGGAAGAACAAUUCCUCUUCAGUGAUGAUGAAAUCAGAGUCACUGAGGUUCAGUGCAUGGAGUCACAUUUUCCAUCAUGUGUAGGCGGAGAAAAUUGUCUCUCGUGCAGUCCAAAAGACAGUACAAAUUAUGAAUCAUAUCCAUCUCUGGAAAAGUUUAUUCCAGAAGAUCCCUCAACUGAUUUUCAGAAAUCAACUGGAAAACUGAAGGCAGCAUCAGCUGCAGUUGGUAUUCCGAGAAAUCAUACGGCUGCUGCUGGCAAGGAAGUUGGGAGGCUGGUCGAAUCCUUACCUAUCAUGUGGCCUCAGACUGACAAGUUGACUGCAUUUGAUGUUCAUUAUCCAUUAAGCCAUUCUCUGGACUCAAAUGUCCAUCCCUUGAAGUCGAUAUGGCAAUGUAAAGAUGAUUUGAGCUUUAGAAAGUUUGACAGAGAAGAAGAGCAACAAUUAGCACUGGAAACACCAGAUAGCGAGAAUGCUCCAGGUUCAGCGGAGCUCAAAGAUGGUCCUACCAGUCCUGCAGUUGGAGAUCUAUCCAAAGCAAAUGUUGCCGCCAGUGGAAGUUGGAAACUCUGGCCUUUCGGUUUUAGGGGAUCAAAUUCCAGGACAGCAAUGCAGCCAGAUGUGAAUGGCAGUAAAAGUCCUGAAGCUGAGAAUGCUUCAGAGAGCACCGUUGGCACAGAUGGAGAUAAGAAUAUGCUUACACCCAAGGGGAUGAAGAGAAUGGAAAGGGCACUCGCUCCAAUGUCUGAGCAGCUGGCUUCCUUGAAACUGAAGGAAGGGAAGAAUACAGUAACCUUCACAUUCUUUACUGCAAUGCUGGGGAAGCAGCAGGUUGAUGCCAGAAUAUAUCUGUGGAAAUGGAACACACGCAUAGUGAUCUCAGAUGUGGAUGGGACAAUCACAAAGUCAGAUGUUCUAGGUCAAUUCAUGCCCUUGGUUGGGGUAGAUUGGUCACAUGUAGGUGUUACACAUUUGUUUUCAGCCAUUAAGGAAAAUGGAUAUCAAUUGCUUUUUUUGAGUGCACGUGCCAUUUCUCAAGCCUCUCUCACCAGACAAUUUUUAUUCAACCUUAAGCAGGAUGGGAAGGCUUUACCAGAUGGUCCCGUUGUUAUUUCCCCAGAUGGACUUUUUCCUUCUCUCUUUCGCGAAGUUAUCAGGAGAGCUCCUCAUGAAUUCAAGAUCGCAUGCUUAGAGGAUAUCAAAUCAUUGUUCCCUUCUGAUUGCAAUCCAUUCUAUGCUGGUUUUGGAAACAGAGAUACCGAUGAGUUUAGCUACCUUAAGGUUGGAAUCCCGAAAGGAAAAAUAUUCAUUAUUAAUCCCCAGGGUGAGGUUGCUGUGAACCGCCGAGUUGACACAAAGUCAUAUAGCUCCCUUCAUGCUCUUGUGAAUGGCAUGUUUCCAUCCACGAACUCAUCUGAGCAGGAGGACUUUAAUACGUGGAAUUUCUGGAAACUCCCCCUGCCCGAUAUCAUUGUCUGAGGUGUUGAAGAGAGUUCAUUGCUUUAUGUAGCUAGCCUCCUCUAGAUAUGGAGACAGAUAAAUUCGCCAUGCCUUUGUUUAGAAUCGCUGAGGUAAAUCCCAAUUUCUCAUUCGCUUAAUCUGUCAGAAGCUGUGCAUGGAAUUUUUGGUUGUAGAAGGACAAUGCUAGCUUUAUCAAGACAUUUUAGGACAGUAUGUAGCUAGGAAUUAUUGUCUAAAUGUCUACAUUUACCCGGCGGGCUGAUUUAUUGGCGACCUGAAACAAUAUAUCGAAGAUAGGCACACGUAGAAGAGUUGGAUCAGUCCCACCUCCAUGCUGCUGCUUCAUUUUUUUUUUCCCUCCUUUUCUGUUCAAUCUAAUUUUGUAGUCUGUUCGUGUAUGUCCCGUGACCGCUUCAAGUUGUAACUAUUCUUUAGAAGUCAAAUGGGUAAAUAGGCAUUCACAUGUAUCUUAAUCUGUAAAGUUAUUGUUUCCAAAUGUAUAUUGAAUUUUCAUGUGGAUUCAAGUAUGUAGUUUUGGUCCUUCUGUGGAA